UGCCGCGGAGCCAGCGUGAGCGUGAGCGUGAGCGUGAGCGAGCAAGAAACACCUACCCGCCCACGGCGCGCGCGGGAAGCGGCGGAGACCGGCCGGGACUUUUCCUUCUCCCUCUUCUUCCCCGCCUCCCGCCCCGGCCCUCCUGCUCAUUUCAUUCAUCCCCAUCCCGACAUGGGCGCCAAUGGCACGCUGAGCGACGCGGCGGUGGCGGCGGCGGAGGAGGAGAGGCCCGAGGGGGAGGACGGCGAGGCGAUGAUCUUCCGGGGCAGCAACUACUCGCUGCCGCGGACCAUAGCGGCGCUGGCGCUCUGGCUGGGGGGCAUCCACUUCAACGUCAUCCUCAUCCUCGCCUCGCUCUUCCUCUUCCCGCUCCGCCUCGCCGCCCUGGUGGUGGCAUUGCAGCUCGUGUUCAUGGUCAUCCCGCUCAACGACGAGGACAAAUGGGGCCGCAAGAUCGGCAGGUUCAUCUGCAGGUAUGCCAUGGGGUAUUUCCCGAUUAGCCUGCAUGUGGAGGACUUCAAGGCCUUCGAUCCCACCAGGGCUUACGUCUUCGGCUAUGAGCCACAUUCAGUGCUGCCCAUCGGUUGCGCAGCUCUCGCCAAUCAUGUCGGGUUCAUGCCUCUGCCCAAACUCAAAGUCCUCGCCAGCAGUGCGGUGUUCUACACCCCAUUCCUGAGGCAAAUAUGGACAUGGUUAGGGCUGAUUGCUGCGACUAGGAAGAAUUUCUACUCCUACCUUGAAGCCGGUUAUAGUUGCGUCGUGGUGCCCGGAGGUAUACAGGAGAUUCUUCACAUGGACCAUGACUCGGAGGUUGCUUUCCUUAAUUCGAGAAAAGGCUUUGUCAAGAUAGCUAUGCAGUCUGGCUGCCCUUUAGUCCCUGUUUUCUGCUUCGGACAGAGCAAAGCUUACAGGUGGUGGAGACCAGGAGGCAAACUGUUUGUGAACAUUGCUAGAGCACUCAAAUUCACCCCUAUUAUCUUCUGGGGAAGAUACGGGACACCGAUUGCUUUCUCGACACCUAUGCAUGUGGUUGUUGGUAGACCCAUUGAGCUGAAGAAAAAUCCUCUGCCUACCAUUGAUGAGAUAAACGAAGUACACGGACAAUUCGUGGGUGCCUUGCAAGAACUGUUCGAGAAAUACAAGGCAAAAACUGGAUAUCCCAGCCUCCAUCUAAGAGUCCUGUAAUUGAGGAAUCAUAUAAUAUUGCAGUGGUAAGCUUAAGCUUAGGCUUCAAGAAUAAUGGCUAUGCACUAGGCUAUCACAUUAAUUCAGCGACGCUUGCGGUGUGUUCGACCAUUGCGCGAAGAUCGAAUUCUGUGGAGUUGUUGUACGGCCAUUAUGUAGCUAUACGGGCACGUGUUGAUGAUCAUAAGGCGCCUCUGAUGUAAACGGAUUGCCACUGGUUGCUCAUAAGUAAAGCCUUGUAAACGUA